AUGGCGGUUCGUGGAUCCGGCGAAACGGGGCCCAUGGAGGGUGUCUCCCUCGCCGUCAACAUGACCAUCGCCGGCCUCUUCGCCAUCGCCCUCUACAACUGCCUCGAGAUCAUCAUCUCCCUCGUCACCCGCUUCAAGCGCCACGACGGUCUUUAUUUCUGCAGCAUGAUGGUCGCCACCCUCGGCAUAAUCCUCCACUCCAUCGUUGUUCUGUUGCGGUACUACAGUCUGGGGCCCAACUUCCUGCUCUGCGUGUUGACGUGUAUUGGAUGGUACGGCAUGGUCACAGGCCAAUCCGUCGUUCUCUACUCGAGACUGCAUCUCAUCGUCGAAGACAAAUCCAAGACGCGAUGGGUGUUAUACAUGAUUAUCAUUAAUUUCUUUAUUCUACAUGUCCCCACGACUGUUCUUUUUCUCGGCAGCAACACCGCGCAUUCGAGCCUCUUUAUUGGACCAUUCAACGUCUACGAACGCAUUCAACUAGCAGGCUUCUGCAUACAAGAAACGAUCAUCUCAGGCCUUUACAUCUGGGAAACAGCACGCGGCCUAAAACCCAUCUUUGCCGUCCGAAAAGCCAUGGAGCGCAAGGUGAUACGAUACCUCGUGGUGGUCAACAUCCUCGUCAUCUUCCUCGACAUGAGCCUCAUAAUAACGCAGUACAUGAGCCACUUCAACAUACAGACCACCUACAAGCCUGUAGUGUACAGCAUAAAGCUCAAGAUGGAGUUUGUGGUGCUCAACAAGCUGCUUUUACUGGUGCAGCACAGCGAUUGCAAUUGCAUGCACAUGGUCGGCGAGCCAGAGAGCACACCACCCCCGGGACCUUCACACACAGAAUGUCAAUCGGUCGGACGGAACACUUCUACCAGCGAUGUUCCCAUGCAAUUGAACGGCGAACACAAGCUUGACGGCGAUGCGCCACCGCGAUUGGAUUACAGCAAAAGGACCAAAUCGCUACAAUUUCUGACACCAUACUUUUACACACGACGCCUCGCCCGCAUAAGUUCGACAGCCACCUGA